UGGGACGGCGUGUGUCCGCCACGACACCCCUUCCCCAGCAUGAGCAACAUCUACAUCCAGGAGCCCCCCACCAACGGCAAGGUUUUGCUGAGAACUACAGCAGGAGAUAUUGAUAUAGAAUUGUGGUCUAAAGAAGCACCAAAAGCAUGUCGAAAUUUCAUCCAGCUUUGUAUGGAAGAGUAUUACAAUAAUACAAUAUUUCACAGAGUAGUUCCGGGUUUUAUAGUGCAGGGAGGUGAUCCCACUGGUACCGGUUCAGGUGGAGAUUCAAUCUACGGAGCUCCCUUCAAGGAUGAGUUCCAUUCACGAUUGCGAUUUAAUCGGAGAGGACUUGUUGCUAUGGCAAAUGCUGGACCCCAUGAUAAUGGCAGUCAGUUUUUCUUUACACUGGGUCGUGCAGAUGAACUUAAUAACAAGCACACGAUCUUUGGAAAGGUUACUGGAGACACAAUAUAUAACAUGUUGCGGCUCGCUGAAGUGGAAGUUGACAAAGAAGAAAGACCACUCAGUCCACAUAAAAUAAGAAGUAGUGAGGUUUUGUUUAAUCCAUUUGAUGAUAUUGUUCCCAGACCAAAUAGAAAGCUGAAGAAGGACAAAUCAGAAGAAGAAGAUAAGAAGCCCAAAGUAAAAGGCACAAAAAAUUUUAACUUGCUUUCGUUUGGGGAAGAAGCUGAAGAAGAAGAGGAGGAAGUCAACAGAGUUAGUCAGAGCAUGAAGGGAAAGAGUAAAAGUAGUCAUGAUCUACUGAAGGAUGAUCCACAUUUGAGCUCAGUUCCUGCUGUCAAAAGUGAUGCAGCAAAUGAAGAGAGCUAUUCAAGUGAGGAGGAAGAUGAGAAUGAUGAAGAUGUUGACAGUGUAGAAGGUGAAGCUGCUAGCAAUGAGAGAUUUCAGAUGAAAGAACGCAUUGCAAAAAAGUUGAAAAUGGAUACAAAUGAAACUGCUAAACUGCAACUUCAAGAGGAAGAAACUAAGAUGGAAAAGAAAACCACCAGUCGCAGUGAGGAGCUACGGAAAGAAGCACGACAGCUGAAACGUGAACUUUUGGAAGCAAAGCAGAAAAAAGAAGAGCAAACUUUAAAACCCAAAGAAAAGGAAGAAGAGGAACCUGCACCAAAUAGUGUUGUUGAAGAAUACCUUCAGGAGAAGAGAAAAUAUGAAGACAAACGGAAGCAGCAGCCAAAGAAAGGAGUUUCCCGUGAGGAUCAGACGCUGGCACUGCUGGACCGGUUUAAAUCAAAGUUAACCCAAGCAAUUGAAGAAACUCCUGAAAAUGAGUUUUCUGAAUCUGAAGUAGACACUGAUGAAGGAUGGAUGUCACAUGUACUUCAGUUUGAAGAUAGGAGCAGAAAGGUGAAAGAUGCAAGCAUGCAGGAUGAAGACACUUUUGAGAUCUACGAUCCACGGAAUCCUGUAAAUAAGAGGAGAAGAGAAGAAAGCAAGAAGAUAAUGAGAGAAAAAAAGGAAAGGAGAUAAAAUGAAUGUAAUGCUAGCCUUGAAAAGUGACUGCAAUAAAGCACUGGCUCUUUUGUAAGCUGUAGAUCUUAAAAAUAUCACUGGACAAGUGUGAAAAGGAAUCUCUCAGGACGCUAUUAUGUAGUUUUGAAUCUGGACUACCAUUUGUUUCUUAAGUUGUGCAUUAAAAUGCUCUCAGUGCAUUCAUUAUCCAAGUUCUAUAAAGCUUUGUGUGUAUUUAAUAAAACAACUGACUUUACUUUGGUCUCUAC